AUGGCGCAGGCAUCCUCUUCAUCGCCUAGCUUUGGUUGCACAAGCAGAAGCUUUGCGACGAACAGCCACGACAUCUUGAAUACGCACCGACACUCCCCAAAGAACAACUGGGAGACCCCCUUUGACUUCACACCGGAAAAUUACGAGCGGGUAGCUGAGGUGUUGGCAAAGUUCCCAACCAACUACAAGCAGAGCGCAUGCAUACCACUGCUGGACUUGGCGCAGCAGCAGAACGAUGGCUGGCUCAGCUUGAAUGCCAUGAACCGCGUGGCAGAGAUCAUCGAAGUGCCGCCCAUUAGAGUAUACGAGGUGGCGACCUUCUACACGAUGUUCAACAGGUCGCCGAUAGGCAAGUACCACAUCAUGGUGUGCGGCACUACUCCCUGCAUGCUCUGCGGGUCGCGCAGCAUCUCUUCAGCCAUUAAGGACCACCUUAAAAUUGACUACGGCCAGACCACCUCGGAUGGGCUGUUCACUCUGGGGGAGAUGGAGUGCAUGGGAAGCUGCGUGAAUGCGCCCAUGAUCGCAGUGGCGGAUUACACGGGCGGCGCCCAGUCCUUCUCCUACAACUACUAUGAGGACCUCACGCCUGCAGACGCCGUCAAGAUCCUGGAGGACCUCAAGGGAGGGAAGAAGCCCAAGGUGGGCUCCCAGUACAGGGACUUCGCAAUGCCUGCAGGGCAGGUGCAGGGCGGAAAGUGGACAGCGGCAUCCAACAAGGCCGGCCUUACGCUAGCGUUUGAGGCGUCCGGGGGCAAAGUCCCUGGCCCCUACUGCCGAAACCUGGACGAGCCUGCAGAGGGCGGUGAGAGCAAGAGCGCCCCGCCGCCACCCCCACCGCCGCCGCCUCCUUCCAAGGAGGGUGCCAAGGCUAAGGCUUGA